CCCUGGGCUCCGCAGCCCCAGUGACGCUCGCCCCUCGCUCGCUCCCGCUGCCCGGUGCCGCGGAGGCGAUGGCCGCAGGACGGGGGGUCCCGCUGGUGCUGCUGGCCCUGCUGGCCCUGCGGGGCUCGGGGGCCGUGAAAGUGGGGAACGUGAUGAUCCAGACUGAGUUCUACCAGCGGGCCGAGAUGCAGCAGAUAGAGGGCGGCCAGUUCAUGUUCGAUUUCGACGGGGAUGAGAUCUUCCACGUGGACCUGCAGAAGUCAGAGACCAUCUGGCGCCUGCCCCUCUUCGCGACGUUUGCCAGCUUCGAGGCGCAGGGGGCUCUGCAGAACAUCGCCGUGGACAAGCAGAACAUGGAGAUCAUGAUGAAGAGGUCCAACCGCUCGCAGGGAACCAUCGCGCCACCCGAGGUGACAGUGUUCUCCGAGGACCCCGUGGAGCUGGGGGACCCCAACAUCCUCAUCUGCUACGUGGACAAGUUCUGGCCGUCCUUCAUCACCAUCACGUGGCUGAAGAACGGGCAGGAGGUGGAGGAAGGCGUCUCCGAGACCGUUUUCUACCGCCAGGAGGACAACGGCUUCUACAAGUUCUCCUACCUGCCCUUCAUCCCCACGCGGGGCGACUACUACGACUGCCGCGUGGAGCACUGGGGGCUGCCCAACGCGCUGCUGACGCACUGGGAGCCCCAGGUGCCCCUGCCCGUCUCCGAGAGCACCGAGACCCUGGUGUGCGCCCUGGGCCUGGCCGUGGGCAUCGUCGGCAUCGUCGUGGGCACCAUCCUCAUCAUCAAGGCCAUGAAGAUGAACAGCGCCCGCAACCAGCGGGGCCUCUUGUGAGGGGGCAGAGGCCAGGCCUCCCUGCCUCCCCCCAGCCGGACCCUGUGCCCCCUCCGCCGCCCCUCGCUUCAGCCCUCUCCAAGCUGCUCUCUCCCGUGCCCCACAGCGGUGCCGCACCUCCCCGGCCCUUCCUUCUCCCGCACGU